AUGGGCAUCGCCCUCGGCCGGCUCAUCCAGUCCCUCUUCGGCUCCCGCCAAGCACGCGUCGUCAUGGUCGGGCUCGACGCCGCUGGGAAGACGACGAUCCUCCAUCAGAUGGCCUACGGGAUGACCGUGGAGACGAUCCCGACGAUGGGCUUCACCCUGCAGACAGUAAAAAAGGGCAAGCUGGAGCUCGACGUGUGGGACAUCGGUGGCCAGUCCGAGUUCCGCAAUAUCUGGGUUCACUACUAUGUCGAUAAGCACGCUGCUAUCUUCGUCGUCGAUGCAGCAGACCACAGUAAAGCACGCAUGGAGGAGGCUCGGACGGCUCUUGAGGGCGUACUAACAGCCCCAGAGCUCUCAGGUGUUCCCAUCCUCAUCCUCGCCAACAAGCAGGACAUAGACGGUGCCAUGUCCGGGGACGCCGUGGCAAGCAUGUUAGACCUACAGAACGUCAAGGAUCACGAAGUGAAGGUCGUGGAAACGGUCGGAACUACGGGAAAGGGCCUUGACGACGCCCUUAAGUGGUUGAGCACGGCUAUUGAGCGGCGCUGGAAGGAGACUAGCUAA